AUGUCUAACAUAAGAGAUAGAAUCAUUAUGAACAAGAAACCUAUCAUUAUUGGUGUGGUCAUAACCAGCGCUCUAAUAGUAACAACGUCACUAAUAAUAUAUUUCACCUGGCCAGAAAUAGAAGAUGUCAAUAAUAAUGUGGUCAAAGCGGCAGAUAAAUUUAAAGAGAAUGCGGGAUUGUCCAGGAUUAGAGGCAAGGACACUAACAUAAUUGGAAGCAAUCCCGUUGUUGAUAAAGUUGAUGAUACAAAUAAGGUGGAUAGAAAUCUUCUGAUGAAAUUAGCGAAAAGUUGCGUUUAUACACCCAAUUCACAUGCAAGCGACAAAUAUACAGUUUCCAAAAUUGAAUUAAAGUGGAUAACUCAUAAUAUAGCCACAAAUAAUAAUGCUAACUCAAAUGCACAUAAUGAUUUUCCAAAAGCAAUCUAUAUAGAUUUAUUUGAUACAAAAAAAUUACGAAAUUAUAAAGAUAUGAUUAGAUUACCAUUUAAUUUAAAUGGUAAUUGGAGUGAGAUCAUCCAUCCCAUGAGAAUAUCAUAUUAUUUUGAUCAACACGAUCAAACCUUUUUAAAAAUAUAUAGUAUAGAAGCGCAAAAUUACACUUUUGGCUAUUCUAUAUUUAAUAAUUUACAGGUUGAUAAUACAGAAGGAGAAGAAGCGAUGACUAUAGUACUAUUGCUCAAAGCGCAAUUUUUACAUUUGAAAUUGUAUUUCAUGGGUGAAAAUGGCUGCAGAAACCUUGAGUAUAAAAUGGCUGUUAGCGAAGAUUACAAUCUAGAAAUCCAACCAAUAGGAAACUUCGAAUUGGUGAAUAAUGAUACUUUAGAAACCUCGCUCGUUGGGUACGGAAUGACAUUGGAUGUUGAAAAUAUGUAUAAUAAUCCACUGUUCGUGGAAAUAAUGGAUAGAAAAUCCAAAUUUCUUAGGACCCCCUGGCCAUUUAACAUCGCUAGAAUUGUGGCGAUUGACACGGCAGACGAGUUGAAAGAUACUCAGAUCGUCGAAUUCAUCGAUUUGAUUGAUAUUGAUUUGGAAACAUAUACAAUAUUUGGUAUAUACGAUAGGAUUAAUGCAAGUAGAAAUUUCAUUGGCUACCGCAAAAAAAUCAAUAAUGACUCAACGGAGAUAAAUAAAAAUUACCUCGUUGAAAAAGAAUACUUAGAUAACAUUAUACCGGUCAGUAUCAAAAAUUUGCCAUUUGGAGGAACAGUCUUAUCCCAUAUGUUACCAGCAGAGUUACAAGCAGGAUUGCCAACAAAGGAUGAUGAAUAG